AGAUUUGAAAUUUGUAUGUUUUUUUUUUUUUUUUUUAAUUUGUUUAUUUUAAAUACUAUUAGAAAACAAAAAAGCCGAUUUUAGUUAAUUAUUUUUUGCAAAACGAACAAAAUCGCCUGACGUGUACGCCAAAAGCCUCCGUCGAGAGGCUCGCGAUCCCGUCCGUCUUGCCCAAAGAACAAGAACUUUCGCUACACCGAUGGCAGCUUCUAUGGUGUUUAGACCUCGCAAUUACAGUGCCGAGGAAAAAUCCCAUUCCCUCACGCGCUUACGCGCGAACGAUCAUCCUCUAUCCACUUCAUCAUCUUCCUCUCACCUCCAGGUUGCUGUUGUGGAUCACGGGAAAAAGGAUUUUUUUGAUCCUUUGAGAAGCUUGGAUGACAAUGGAGCAGUUUCUGGAGAAGCAUUACAAGAAGUUGAAAUUUCUUCUAGCCCAGGACUCUCCAGUGAAGCUUCUGUGCAAAAUUCAGCAAAAGAAUGGACCUCAUUCAGUAGAAUCUUAAUGCAAAAGUUUCCUGUCUCUAAAAUGAUUUCAGUUUCCUCCAUGUCCAAUGCAAUAAUAAAAGGUGGAAAAAUAUAUGAGAAAGCUUCAACAAGUACGCAUUUGGAAGAACUGGAAGAUCCACAAAAAUUUGCAGAAGAGGGAGUCAAGGUCAUUACGCGGCAUGAGUAUGUCUCCCGGUUACAUGAGCUCAGAGAUGAAAUUAUUCGUGCAUGGCGUGCCAGUGAUCGUGUUACAACUUUGAAGUUAUCUAUAAAGGUUGCUAGGCUUUUAAUGGAUACGUCAGUAUUACAAUUUUAUCCCACACUUUUUGUUCUUGCUAUGGAUAUAAUGGACACAGUUGGGAAUAUGGUAUGGGAACGUAUCAAGUGGAAAGCUGAAUUUGCAGAAGAUGGAAACAAACUCUACUCAUUACCAGAAAAUUUUGAAGCAAGUGAUAUUUGCUCUGAUGCGAAGGAAACUUGCUAUAAUUGGUUCUGCAAAAUUGGUGCCAUCCGGGAGCUUCUUCCACGCAUUUAUUUGGAGCUGGCAAUAUUGCCUUGCUGGCGUUUCCUGCUUGACCGACCUGAAGACAGUCUCCAACGUUUGGUAAUGAUGACAAGAGGGUUAGCAGAUCCAUUGGCAUCUGCCUAUUGUCGUUUGUACAUGGCCCAUUGUAUGCUGAAGUUACCCUCUUGUGAUAAAGGAUAUCUAGUUAGAUGUGUAAACGACAUCAAAAGUUUACUGUCAUGGGUCAUGUUGAGAAAGGAAGCUGCCGAUGGAAAUAUUAUUGACAACAAAAGAUUACUUGUCAGUCUGAUGGAGCCAACCAUUGAAUUUAUAAUGAAAUGCAUAUUUAAGGAUGUUUCUCAGAAACAAGUAGGUAACAUACUGGUGGAGCUUGAAUUAGGAAGGAAUGCAAUGGAGUUGUUUGGAAAUUUCCCAUGUGUUUCAAUUGUUCUUCAUCAUCUACUAAAGGAACUUCCUAUUGAAGUAGUUAGCUCAAGUGCUGUUGGGAUCCUUCAUGUUAUUGAGUGCAGCAAUGAUUAUUCCUUUGACCAGUGCUUGAAUUACAGGUUACUUGGAUUCAGGCUGUGUGAAACUAAAUCUCGAACAGACAUUCUUAAUGCUGUGGCAGAUAUCGUUAUUCAGGUUGUUACUCAAUAUGAUAGCCUUGAUGAGUACUUGAAGGUUGUGGAGGCUUUUCUAGAUAUUAUUCUUCAAAAUCAGAUGGAUAACCAUCUGAAUGCCACUUUAGAAGGUAUUUCAAAACGGGCAUCCAGUAAAGGAACCACUGAAGAUGAACUGGGAAGCUUGCAGUCUGUCAUGGUGAAGCUCCUUUGUCACUGUGAGAAUUUAGAAGAUAUAUUUGCCUUGGAACAUUUUCUUGAGAUCCUAGAUGUAAUGUACGGAAGCUCAAGGAGCACUGUCAAUGUGCAUAUCCUUAAUAUGGCAACGAGGAGUGCACGUAUAUGUGAUCCAACAACAAUACAGUUGCUUUUUGAAAUAUCUCAGGCUUUACAUGAUGAUAUAGACUUUUUGAAUGUGAAAGAUGAAGAUAACCAGCCAGCACGUUUAAUUUCUCGUUUUGUCUGUAUGGUUGACUAUGGGACAGAGAUGGAACGUCAUUUGACCUUUUUAGUUGAAUGUCGUGGAGCUUUUGGCAGCAUAAGAGGGCUUAAUGAAACUCUUAUUCACUCCAGCAAUUGUUUAGCAGUUAAGGCUUUGAAAAAUGGCAGUAAGAAUCUCAGUUUUGUCAAGUCUUGCAUAGCUUUUUGUGAAGUCACAUUACCCUCUAUUUCAUCUCAUACUAGACAGCUAAACCUUUAUCUUGAGACGGCGGAGGUUGCUUUGCUAGGUGGUUUAGUUUCUCAUUCAGAUGGACUGAUAAAUUCAGCACUUGGCUCUUUGCAAAAUUUAGAUUUGAUGGAUGGCUCCCUGAUGCAAGCUGAUGUUGAUGGAAUGCUCUCCUCAAUUCAGAAACUAUGUGGCUUCUUGGUUCUGGUUCCAGGUAAUCCUGAGGUAGGAGUAACUCACUUUGCAAAGAACAUUUUAGCACUCUUUAACUCACAAUCAUGGAUGAAACCAAAAAUGAGGACAAAGAUCUUUUCUGCAAUUAUUUCUCUGACAGCAACAUUAUCUCAAAAUAAGCUCCCUUAUCAUGGAAAGGUUCUAGGAAACGAUCAUUUAUUCUUUGGUGAUUUGUCUUAUUCACAUGAACUUACCUUGUUGGCGAAGUGUGUUCUUCAAAACCUCGUUGAUGCCAUUCAACAAGAGCCUUCCUCGGCUGUUCGUGGACGCCUGGCACUUGAAGCUUGCAACUGCAUUGCAACAUCUUUCAUUCUAACUCAGGAAAUAUCUUCUAUAUAUACCCGACUGUUAGAGACUGCUAAAUCGUGUUCAGUGCCGGCUCAACUUUUAUCUGUGGCCUUGGCUAGAAAGGAAAAAUGAGGGAAAAAAAGAGGCUUUUUUUUUGGGGGGGAAAUAAAAUGAGGCUUUAUUGUACAUUUUAAUUGUAUAGUAUUUUAUUUUUGUGUAAAUAAUAUAAAAUUAAAUUAUGUAAUAUAUUUUAAUAUAUUAUUAUUAUUAUUAUUUUUGCUUUGAACA